AUGUCCAAAAUCAAAGGGAUAAGUAUCUUUGUUAUUCUCUGUAUAUAUUGUCGUACUGUGGAGGCCGUGAACGGUAGUUUGGAGUAUAAUACCGACCAGAUCAGCCGAGAUGGAGUCAACGACCCAGCUAUGAAGUAUUUGUACUCUUUCAACGACUAUGUUAUCAGUUUGUUGUCGAAUCGACCGUUUCCUCAAGAAACGCUGAUCGACCAAGACUUUAUGAACUUGAACGUGGUCAAGUCUGUCCAGAACAACCAGAAUCGGGUGGGUAUACCUAUAUAAGUUUAGUUUUUUACCUUUUUUAUAGUUUUCAUUUAUUAUUAUUGUUUUUUUUACAUUUUGGUAAGAUGUAUUGUGGGUUGUUACCUAAUGAUAUAAUACACCAUUCGAGUCUAUUAGAUCGUGAGUAAUAUAUGAAUCAUUUCAGUGGCUGUUACACGAACAAUGGUGGUUGGGGAUCGCCGCCGUCUUAGUGGUGGGGUCCUUACUCUAUACCAUCUUCUACAUUCUCUACAAGUGUUGUGUAUGUUGUUGUGGCCAGAAGAAGGAAGAAGUGGACGGCCGAUGGGACGACUGCAAAAGAACCUUGCUCAAUCUUGUUUUUGCCUUUUUUGUUAUUAUUAGUAUCUUUGCAUCUGUUGCAGUUUUGUUAUGUUCUCAAUAUGCCACUUUAUCAGUGGAGAGGUUUCCCAGUGUCAUUACCUGGUUUGGAGAUGAUCUGGAGAUGUACAAGAGCUACAAUAAUGAGGUGAGUUUUAUAAGAAGAUUAUGUUUGCGUAGAAUGUAGUAUGUUUUAUGGUUUCUUGUUGUAGUUUAUACCUAAAAUCUUUAAUGUGAACAUAAUUUGGAAAAGGUGUAUAUAAUAAUAAUAUAUUUUAAAUUUGCUUAUAGUUAGCCGAUGAGAUUAUCGAAAAUGGAUGGAGAGAUACCAAAGAUGAGUUCAAGUUUUACCUUCACAAUACGGGUCGAGAUGUUGUUAACAAUUUGUACGAUCAUGUGUCUAACAAAAUCUUCUUUCAAUUGAACAAGAUCAAUUCAGGUGAUUUUUAUGCAUUUCGUGAUCUUGUUACCUAAAUCACUGAUUAUUUUAAUUAUUUUUUUAAUACUAUUUGAUUUGAACUUUUAUCUUUAAUUAUGUAUCAGAAUUUAUUACCUAAAAUCUGUGAAAAUAUCCAAUUUGGAUAUCUAAUAUUUGAUUUCAGCUACGAUGGAGUUGCGAGAGUUGAGUGAUGACAAAGCUUUUGGUGUUAUGUUGGAGAUGUUGAGCAAGAAUGGUGCUGAUUAUGGACUAACGUCUCAUCAAAUUGUAAGUUUAUAAUGAUUAUCAGUUAGUAUUGACGGUUCCGUUUAAAGACGGUGAUAAAUGUUUGCUAUAAAGUUAUGAGCAUAUUGUUAAGUACAUUAUUGCACAGAUGUAAGAAUCUGUAUUUCAGAACACGGUAAACAAACUGAAGCUCUACCUACCUCGACUGGAGGAGAUGACUCAACUGAAGGAUCUGAACAAAACCCUCGAAGCAACGGCUUCUAACAUUCAACAAAAGGUUGAUCGCUACGUUAACAGUGAGUUAUCUUUGUAAUGACAGUAUGUUUUAGGUAAACUUGGAUGUUUUAGAUAUGAAUAUUCGUGACGGUGACUUUUCAGAUAUCAUACAACGUAUCGACGAAGAAGACAGCACGGUGCAAGAUGUCCAGCUACAGAUUAAGAAAGAACUGGAUUCCUUGGACUUCUCGGAAGUGCACCAGUUGGCCCACAAGCUGCAGAAGAUCUUCGAAGACAACAAACAGUACAUUAACAUUGCGUAUGUCACUUUCAAAUUUCAUUUAGUUUUUGAUUAAUUUUAAAAACUAUUACCAUUGUGUAUGUUACUAUUACUACAAUACUAUAGCUGGUUUGCCUUCCUUGGAGUAGCAGCUAUGUUGUUCUUCAUAGCUUUGUGUUUCCUGUUCGGAGUGUUUUAUGGGAUGUGUGGUAGAAGAGCCAGCUACUACAACGACGAUUGUUGUGUCAGACCUACUGGUGGCAAGUUCUAUGGAUGGUAAGUUCGAAAUUUACUAUAAAAAACUAAAUUAAUUGUCUUGUAUUUUUGGUUAAUAUGUGCAUAUGUCGUAUAGUAUCGUGAUGUAUCUUUACAGUGGGAUCUUCCUGGCUGUGUUGAUGUUCUUUGUGCUGUCAGUCGUAGCAUCAGUCUUGAUGUUGGUAUUCGCCAACGCUACUGACAUUGUUUGUGAUCCAUGGAAGCAUCCAGAAAGCCGACCGGAGAUGAUCGACCUGGCUGACAGAGUAAUGUACGAGAAGUUGAUCAACACGAGGACAAAUAGUGGAGCACUUUCUGAAGUGUUGGGGACGAAGACCAACCUCAAGCAGUUGAUCAAGGGAUGUCAGAACCAGACCACCUUCGUCCAGAUGAUCGGAUUAAGGGACAAGUACAAGAACCUCUCUCCGUUCAAUGACAAGAUCGACGAGAUAUCCAAACUUGGAGAUAGCAUCCGCAACUUCUUCGAGUCCGACUUCAAGCUGGAGGUUGACUUGGAUGUGGAUGAAACUGAAAAGCAUCUAGAUCAGCUAAGAGGCUUCUCCGAGAUUGAUCUUACUGUAAGUAGUUUAAUGAAAGCAUACGAUGAUUAUAAAACUUAUUACUGAACAUCGACUAUACCAAUAUGUUUAGGAAUUCAAAUCAUAUCCUCAAAUCCAACAGUUUCUGCCACUUCUGGAAAGAGCUGAGUCCGCGAUUAAGAAGCUGAGUAAUCUACCUACAAAAGGAGCUCUGGUCUUGGCUCAAAACACCUUGGCUAACAAGGACGAGUACGGCAAGAACAUGAACAAAGUAGUCGUAGAAGCUACCAAUAAGAUCAAGCAAAUCAUCGAGAAGUACUUCAAUCGACUACAGGACUCCUUGGAGACGCGGAUCACAAGUUGUGAGCCGAUCUCACACAUCAUGGGUAACAUGAGAAUGGCAGUAUGUGAUCAUACCGUGGACCCCAUCAACGGAAUCUGGAUGUCUUUGCUACUGAGUGUGAUUCUGUUCGUUCCCUUGAUCAUGAUGGCCAACUCUCUUACCAAACUCUACAACCACGCUGCCCCCUUCACUAAAUAGUAAGUUAACUUUAACUUUUUUGGCUGAUGAUCCGUAACAAUUAUUUCAACUGACUUUACGUUGUGCUAUAACAUUUUACAGUAAUUACAGUACUGUGCACGAACCUCAUACUGAAGCUGCUUUCACUACUGAUGACUACGCAAUGACCAUGAAUCCAAACAAGUAAGUAGUAGUAUGUUGCUUGAAGUACGGCGCUAGGACAAAUGCGGCUUUUGGACAUUUGCGGAUCUGCGGUUUUUAGACACUUGCGGAUCUUCGGUUUUUGGACACUUGCGGAUUUUGGACAUUUGCGGAUUUUUCAAAGGGGGUUUUUUUUUAUUUUUUAUUUAAUUUAGUUGUAGUAUGGUACUAAAUGGUACUAAAGUUUAAAUUGGCACUGUCUUAAUAUUUCUUAAUGUUAAAUAGUACUAAAUUUUUAAUCGGUACUGUUUUUAUAUUUUUGGUACUAAAUAGUACUAAAAGCCCAAAAAGGUACUGUUAUGUUAAAACCGUACCAAUUCAAACUUUAGUACAAUUUAGUACCAUAAUACAACUAAAUUAACUAAAAAAAACCUUUAAAAAAUCCGCAAAUGUCCAAAAUCCGCAAGUGUCUAAAAGCCGCAGAUCUGCAAAUGUCCAAAAACCGCAUUUGUCCUAGCGCCUGAAGUACAAAUGCUACUCUUCUGAUGUUUUUAAUAUAAUUUAGUAAAUAGCCAUACAUCUUACACAUGAUUGUUUGAGAUAACUAAUUAAUUAAAAAGCUGAUAUAUAUUAACAUUAUCUUCAGAAACUACGAAACAAGGAGCAACGGUUACCAUGACGCAUAUCCUCCUCCAUAUCUGAACGACCAAUACCGGUAUCGAUAUUAA